AUGAAGUUAGAUCCCCAGAAAGGUUCUUGGUAUAUCGGCGCUCAUCAGUCAUCUCCGGGCUACUGGGCUAAUGAAGGUGAUGGAUCGCAACUUACCGGUCUGGAAAAUGCUUUCUUUGACGAUCGUAAGUCGGCUUUAACAAGCUAUAACCUGUGCAAUCCAGAGGCAGCACCCAAACCAACAUUCACUUGGAAAAAGGACAAUAUUGUUAUAGGUGCUGGUGGCAAGAGGUUUAUAACUGAGACUGGAAAUUUAAUAAUAAGGCAGCUAUCAAGAGAUGAUGAAGGAGUUUACACCUGUGUAGCUAAAAACCAAUAUGGAUCUGAUGAAAGCAGGGGACGGCUCAUAGUAUUAAGAACACCGCGAUUUCUAGAGCGUCUUCCUCCCCGAAUAACCACUCAAGUUGGUGAGGUUGUCUUCUUGCAUUGCAAUGCUGAAGUAGACCCAAUCUUGGAUACUGCAUAUCUUUGGAAUCACAACGGUAUGCGACUAAAGGACGAGUCAGACAUGUACGCCGAUAAGAGAAUCAAAAUAGACGGCGGGGAGCUGACGAUUUUUGACGUGAGCCUGUCAGAUGUAGGCGAUUACGAAUGUAUCGUGAAAUCUGCGAUUGGUCGGAUCUCCUCUCGCACCCAAUUGAGAAUAGAAGGCCCACCCGGCGCCCCCGGCGGCUUACAGAUAAUGAAUAUAGGCCGCUCAUCUGUUACUCUCGAAUGGACGGAUAGCAACUCCAACGGUCGACCUAUAACUUCGUACGUGGUCACCGGUAGAACCCAGUGGAACACCUCGUGGAGCGUUGUCAGUGAUAGCGUGGUGAACGUAAUGGAGAUAGACCGAUACAACGGUCGGAAACGAGCAAUAAUCAAUACAGCGCUCAUGCCUGGAUCUGUGUACGAGUUUAGGGUUCAAGCAGUCAACGCAUUGGGCGUUGGCAAAGCGUCCGCACCCAGUCCGCAGUUCUCGACGCUGCCCGAUAAGCCUUACCAAGCACCUGCCAACGUCGGCGGAGGCGGCGGAAAGAUCGGCGAUCUCACGAUAACUUGGACACCGCUGCCGCCGCCCCUGCAGAACGGACCCGGUAUACACUACAAGAUAUUUUGGCGUCGCAACGGCACCGAAGUCGAAUUCCAGUCCCUUUUGCUCAAAGAGUACGGAAAUGUCGGCAUGCACGUCGUUCAUGUAUCGCUAAGUUACUUCUAUACCCCUUACAAUGUAAAGGUUCAGGCAUUCAACAGUUUGGGAGCGGGCCCAGAGAGCGAUAUUGUAACAAUAUACUCCGCAGAAGAUAUGCCUCAAGUCGCUCCACAACAAGUUUUCGCUCGUUCUUUCAACUCGACGGCGCUCAAUGUCACUUGGAAUCCUAUCGACCAGUCACGCGACCGUCUGCGAGGCAAGCUUAUUGGCCACCGGUUAAAAUAUUGGAAGCAAGCGAACAAAGAAGAGGAAUGCAUAUACUAUUUGUCGAGAACCACCCGGAAUUGGGCUCUUAUCGUCGGAUUGCAACCUGAUACCUACUAUUUCGUAAAAGUAAUGGCGUUCAACUCGGCGGGUGAAGGGCCGGAGAGUGAGCGAUAUUUGGAGCGAACAUUCCGCCAAGCACCCCAGAAGCCACCGGCAUCGGUCAACGUAUGGGCCGUGAAUCCCAGCACAGUUCGUGUCGUUUGGCGAUAUGUUCAGCCCACAGACGAGGAGGAACCUCUUAUUGGAUAUAAGGUGAGAGUUUGGGAAAUAGAUCAAGACAUGAGCACUGCCAAUGAUACAAUGGUACAAGUGGAACAUAAAUUGGAAGCCUAUGUGACCAACCUGAUUCCGGGCAAGUCAUACAAUCUUCGAGUGCUGGCAUAUUCCAAUGGGGGGGAUGGUCGGAUGUCCUCACCUCCAAUCACAUUCCAGAUGGGUGACUACCAUAGUGAUGCAUAUGGAUAUUAUCUCAUCGAGCAGCACGAUUACGUUUCGAAAGAGAACAUGUUCUCUUCUCAGAUGAAAGCAGAGUGGGUGUCCGUGCGA